UCGAGCUAUUAUUGUGCUGUUGGCGAGUCUGUCGCAUGAUUGCGAGGCUCUAAAUCGGUCAUCACCAAGAUCGUCAACCUCUCUGCUUUAGGAAUCCCCUUCUACCUCUCCUCUCCCCUGUCUUUGACGCGAGGAGCUGUCAUGAUCGAGCGCGAGAAGGAAACCUUCGGUGGAUUGGUGUGGAAGUGCAUCGAAGCGGCGACCUUGACUGGUGAUAGUGUGGACAAGUGGCGGAGGCAGCGUCGGACCCUCGAGCGCCUUCCUUCCUGCCUCGCCGAUGUCCUCCUCCGCCGUAUCAUCUGCCGCCGCCUCCUCCGCUACCCCUCCUGGCUCGAAAAUUUCCAGAAUUCUGUAGAGAAUGUUGACUUAAGAGGAGAGAACUGUGUCAGUGCUGAAUGGCUGGUAUAUUUGGGUGGAUUUCGUUAUCUAUGCAAAUUAAAUCUUGCAGAUUGCAAGCGGAUCAAUGAUGCUGCAAUAUGGUACCUUACAGGAAUGGAUAAUUUGAAAGAGUUGAAUUUGUCAAGGUGUUCCAAGAUUUCUGAUUUUGGCAUCAAACAUCUUAUAUCCAUUCAAAGCUUGGAGAAACUUCAUAUAUCAGAGAUCGGAUUGACCUCUGCAGGAGUUAAUCUCCUUUCUUCACUUAGCAAUUUGGAUUUACUAGAUCUGGGAGGAAUUCCUGUCACUGAUGACGCGCUUCUCUCAUUGCAGGUUUUGAAAAAGCUUGAGUUCCUGGAUCUAUGGGGUAGUAAAAUCACAAAUAAAGGAAUUGCUGUCUUGGCAACAUUUCCCAAAUUGAGCUUCUUGAACCUUGCUUGGACAAAAGUCACCAAGUUGCCAUAUCUUCCUUCUAUUACACGUUUGAAUAUGAGUAAUUGCAACAUCUCUUCUGUAUGUUAUGCCAAAAAUGCCAUUAGUGAUCCUUUGUCCAAGCUCUUUUUCCUUGGAACCACAUUUUCUGAUGUUGAUGAAGCAUUUUCCAUGAUGGAUAUUAAAAAUAUUACAUACUUGAAUAUCUCUCGAUCUUCCAUUUGCAAUUUGCAUUUUCUGUUCAACACACACGUCAUAGAGCAUUUAGAUCUCAGUUUCUGUGGAAUAACAGAUGAUUCAGUUGAAUAUAUUGCAAAAGCUGGAAAAAAUUUGAAAUACUUGAAUGCCAACAAUACAAAGCUCACCUCGGAGGGGGUAGGUGUUUUGGCUGGAAAUGUCAUAAACUUGGAAACCCUAUGUUUGUCAAAGACUCUAAUUGAUGACAUUGCACUUUCAUACAUCUCUAUGAUGCCUUCUCUGAGAGUAAUUGAUCUAAGCCACACACAGAUCAAAGGUUUUGCUUUUGAAAAUGGAGAUAAUAGAGAGAAUGCUUCCUCAUUGAGCUUGCUUCAGAAUCUCAGUCGACUGGAAAGUUUGAACUUGGAGGAUACAUUAAUACAAGAUGAAGCACUGCAGUCAUUAUGUUUCCUAAAGCAGCUACAUUGUUUGUUUUUAAAGAGUCAUUUCCUUUCCGAUGUCUUCUUGCAUAGUUUGUCAUCUUUCUCUAAGCUGAAGUUCCUUGGAUAUCGCGAUGCUGUACUUACAAAUUCUGGGCUUCUUUAUUUUAUGCCUCCAAAGACACUUCGAGUGUUAGAUUUGAGGGGUUGUUGGCUUUUGUCAGAGGAUUCUUUGUCAUUCUUCCAUGAACAACACCCUCAGAUUGAACUACGACUGGAACUGGUCGGUCUGGCUCCUAGUGAAGGAAAUGUCUCUGCUGAUUUAACAUGCUAUUGUGGAGCAUCCCCAACCUCAGACAAGAUAUCCAAAGUGUCUCGGUUGCAAAAGUCUGGCGAGCACUGCAAGGUCACCUUUGUAGAUGAAAGAAUCAAAUACAGCAAAGAGGAAUCAUUGGCACUGCAAUUCUCAUCUCUGUCAACUCUUGCAGAACCUGAUCUACAUAUGCUACCGAAAGCCUUGCGAUCGGAUUAAGAUGAGCAAUCAAAACUCUUUCAUUUCUAUGCUAACUUACAUGUCAAUAUGACGGCUUUGUUAAAAUUUUGCUCCUCUGCUUCUUGUUGAGCCUGAUAUAUGAGGUAACAAUGUUGAAUUUUAGCUUGAAAUUUGAGAAAGUGUUUGGUUAUAAGUGUUUCUUAUAUUUUAUUUAUUAUCUUCUUCCUAUUAUUAUUAUUAUUUUUUUUUGACAA